CGCCUCCCUUCCUCCAUUUGCUUUUCUAUAUUUCGGUCCUCGCUGAGAGGUCUUUAGCUUUCCUGUGAGCUGAACAUCCGCAUCGAGCACGCCCCAUCAUUCCGUCGAACGAACACCAUUGGCAUUGUUGCAGAAAGCUAGCUUCUUUUGCUUCUGCAUGGGGCUCUGGUCAUCAUUUCAUCCACGGCUUCACUUUUCUACGAAAAAAGUAGACAGCAACAAUAGCUUGCCCAGUGCUUGCGGAAAGAUAUAGCUUCUUGAAGUUCAUCUAGACUGGUUCGCGAGCAAUCCCCAUUCGAUUCUGAUUUCAGAAGAACAGAGGAGGAGGAGGAGAUGAUAUCGGCGGUGGACCUUUACCACGUGCUGACGGCGGUGGUGCCGCUUUACGUGGCGAUGAUCCUGGCGUACGGUUCGGUGAAGUGGUGGCGGAUCUUUACCCCCGACCAGUGCUCGGGGAUCAACCGCUUCGUGGCACUCUUCGCCGUGCCGCUGCUCUCCUUCCACUUCAUCUCGACCAACAACCCCUACGCCAUGAACUACCGCUUCAUCGCGGCAGACACGCUGCAGAAGCUGAUCGUGCUGGCCGUGCUGGCGGCAUGGGCGAAGUUGAGCGUCCGCGGCUGUCUCGAGUGGGCCAUCACCCUCUUCUCCCUCGCCACGCUCCCCAACACGCUGGUGAUGGGCAUUCCCCUCCUCAAGGGAAUGUACGGACCAGAUUCCGGCAGUCUCAUGGUCCAGAUCGUCGUUCUUCAGUGCAUCAUCUGGUACACCCUCAUGCUCUUCCUCUUCGAGUACAGGGGCGCCAAGCUCCUCAUCAUGGAGCAGUUCCCGGACACGGCCGGCUCCAUCAUCUCCUUCCACGUCGACUCCGACAUCAUCUCCCUCGACGGGAAAGAGCAGCUGCAGACCCAGGCGGAGCUCGGUGACGACGGGAAGCUCCACGUGACGGUGCGCAAGUCGACUAGCUCGCGCUCCGAGGCCUGCUCGCGGCGCUCCUUCGGCGGACUCAACUCCGGCGGCAUCUCCAUCACUCCGCGCCCUUCCAACCUCUCCAACGCGGAGAUUUACUCGCUGCAGUCGUCUCGCAACCCGACGCCGAGGGGCUCCAGCUUCAACCACGCCGACUUCUACUCGAUGGUCAGGAACAGCAACGGCGGAACGGCGAGCAGCUUGAGCCCGCGGCACUCCAACUUCGGCGGCGUGACAUUCGACGCGGAGACAGGGACCAGGACCAACGGCGCUGCCAUGGCGUACCCGACUCCACCCGCGACAGGAAUGUUCUCGCCGGUGAAGAAGGCGAAUGGUGUAGAAGGAGGUAAGGAUUUGCAUAUGUUCGUAUGGAGUUCGAGCGCGUCACCUGUCUCAGAAGGAGGGAUGCAUGUGUUCGGCGGGGCAGAGUUCCGGAAUGAGCAUGGCGUUGCUCUGCAAGAUGAUCACCGCCAGAAAGCCAAUCGUGAAGCCUAUGAUCUGUGUCGACGAGAUGACUUCAGUUUCAGCAACAAACCCAUUGGGCAGGGAAUUGAUCCCAUCAAGAAGGUCGGGCAGAACCUCACAAAUGCAGGUUCUAAUUCAACAGAGCUCCACUCGAAAACGGUGGUCGAUGAAGUCUCAAAGGCCUUGAUGCCGCCUGCGAGUGUGAUGACCAGACUUAUACUGAUCAUGGUCUGGCGAAAACUAAUCCGAAACCCCAACACCUACUCGAGCCUUCUUGGGCUCAUCUGGUCUCUUGUCUCCUUCAGGUGGGAAAUUGAAAUGCCUGCUAUCGUUGCAAAGUCGAUCUCGAUACUUUCUGAUGCAGGGCUUGGGAUGGCCAUGUUCAGUCUCGGUUUGUUUAUGGCAUUACAGCCGAGAAUUAUAGCUUGUGGCAAUUCUCUAGCUGCAUUCGCCAUGGCUGUCAGAUUCAUCACCGGCCCUGCUGUCAUGGCUGCAGCUUCUAUUGUAGUCGGGUUGCGAGGAGUCCUGUUACACGUUGCGAUCGUACAGGCAGCUCUUCCCCAAGGGAUUGUGCCAUUUGUGUUUGCAAAGGAGUAUAAUGUGCAUCCUGAUAUUUUAAGCACGGGGGUUAUAUUUGGGAUGCUGAUUGCUCUCCCCAUUACUUUAGUUUACUACAUUUUACUGGGGCUUUGAAGCUGAAAAGUUCCAAUGCGAUGCGAACAUCUCAGUUAGGAAGAUGUUUAGAUGUUUGUUGUAGUAUAAUGACAGAUAGACUACCAUGUAGAACUUAACUAGGUUUAAGAUACUGACACACAGUAGUCUUCGAGUCUUUAUAUUUCUUUUGUUUCAGUGUAAGGGGACUAUGCAUUUGAAGAAAGUUAUGUAGGCAGCUCCAUGUCGAUCUAAACUCAAUUUGUACAAUUGCUGACCAGCAACCAUCCAUGGCUAAGCAAAUUUCAGGAAUGCCUGCAAGUU